AUGGUUGUCGAAUUUGGGGUGCAACUUGCUCACCAACACCGCCUGCAUAACGUCAUUGUGGAAACGGAUAGCCUUGAGACAACCACAAAGCUGGCCGAAGCGGAUUGCAUCCAGUCGGAGAUAGGAGUGAUUUGCAGAAAUGUUCGGCGAUUGCUGGGAAGUACGGGAGAAACUAGUUGGCGACAUGUUAGACGUACGGGAAACGAGGCUGCUCAUAUCAUGACUCAUUCAGACGCAAGAGUUUAUGUCCACUCAGUUUGGCAUGACAGACCCCCGAUUUUUCUGAUUGAUGAGUUAGCAAUGGACAAUGUAACCAUAAAUAUUGAUCAAUAA